AUGCAGUCUUCUGGACUCUUGAGCAUCCUGAUUCUCUUCAUCGUCCUGUUGAAUGUCCAGGGAUCUGGGCUGAGUGAUUGGCUCUUCCCUAAGAAAUGCCCCAGAAUCAGAGAGCAAUGUGAAUUCAAAGAAAGGGAUCAAUGUACGAAGAACAGACACUGUCAGGGCAAGAGGAAGUGUUGCCUCUUCAGCUGUGGAAGAAAAUGUUUAGACCUCCGACAAGACAUAUGCAAAUUGCCAAAAGACACUGGCUACUGUAUGGCUUAUUUUCGUCGCUGGUGGUAUGAUAAGGAAAAUAACACCUGCUCCAGCUUCAUCUAUGGUGGCUGCCAGGGGAACAACAACAACUUCCAGUCCAAAACACUCUGCCAGAACUUCUGCCAAAAAGAGGUGAGGAGAUGUCCUCGAAUCCAAAUAAAAUGUGAAAUUCAAGAGAGGGACCACUGUUCUUCUCACAAACGUUGCCCGGGAAACCUGCAGUGUUGCACAUACAGCUGUGGAAAGAAAUGUUUAGACCCCUCAGAAGGUAACACACCUGAUGACCUAAUGCCUGUGCUCCUGCCCCCACUUUCUGCUCUUGUCGGAGUCCUUCCCUGGGUCACUGGCUGGGCUGGUCUCUGA